AUGUCAGUCAAGAAGCAGACGAAGGCGAGCGUAAGAGCACAUUUCAGCGUUUCUUUAUAAAAUGUGAUCUUAAUUAUUCUGGAUGUUAAAAAAGCAACAGAAAAGCUUUCGGAACAUGACAGUUAUUGUAUAGGGAAUAUUGAUAAGAUAUAGUGAGUUUAUGAAGACGAAUCAUUUGUGGAUCCGAGAAAAUUGGAAAUCAUUUGUUUGACUUCUGUUUUCAAAGAAAAGAUGACACUCGGAGAUGACAUUAUCCCACACAAAGGGCAUUUUACUCUCCCUACAACAUGGACUCCCCAGGACUCGACAGCAAAACAACGUGUGGUGGUCGUAGCUGUGUUUGGGAAGAGUGGCUUAGACUCAGGAGGAUGCAAAGCCACAGCCCUGGAGCUAAUGGUGGGAAGGAAGAUCUUUCAGAGGGACAUGACGCACCCCAUUGCUAUAGAUGAAGAGACAAUGACUGGAGUGGAGGGAUACUAUGAUCCUGACCGUCGAGCCAUAUAUCUUCACCUGACCGGGGCAUAUGACACGGCAGCUCUCAUUAAUGCCCUAGAAACCAUGCACCAGCAACUCCAGGAAAAGGGAUUCCUGAUGGCCUGGUCCAGCCUCAAGUUGGCCUAUGCACGAAGUCUGUUAGUGCUGUUUUCUGUCUCUCAUCUGCUUCUUCUGUGCCAUCCAACGCAUGUCUUUGAUAUUAGUUACAUUCAUCUCUUCCGCACCCUAGAUGCAAUCAGGUCCAAAGCCCAGAAUUACAUAGCAGAAAACCUAAAGCUUGUGCCAGGAAUCAGCAAGGACUGGGUCUCAUUUGGUCGACUGUGUGCACCUCGGGUUCUCUUCAUUUUCUCAUCACACCUCUUGCCAGCACAGAUUCGUUCUGGACAAGACAACUCAGCUGUUCACAGAUCUAUGGGAGGCCACAGGUCAUACAGAACUUCCACCCCACCAAGCCCUCUUCGAAAUCUGGAACUUGCACUGGAAGAUCAAAUUUACCGUCUCCUUCGCAAAAGCAGAGUCAUAACCAACAUCAGUGCAAAUUCUUUGUUUGCUCUUCCAAACAACCAAGCAUAUGUAUACAUCAUGGAGGAAGGGCAGGAGGAAGUGCCAGCUGCUUCCUUGAUUAAUGACACUCUUCAUAACCUUUGCUCUGCAUCAGAUUCUAACUUAAGCAGUGAAUUAAGCCAAUUGACUAUUGGAUCUAGCAACAAAACCUCCUCCUCAGAAAAAGGAGGAAGCAGAGGAACUGGUAACUGGGGAAGCAUUUCAGGUGCAACAAGUGCUUGGGAUACAUCUCUUGCCUGUUCAGCCUCUUCAGAUACUUCAGCUGCUGACUCUCUCAGUGCCUCAAUUUUGUCUGGGGUUGCAACGGAACGGAAGAGAAAUCUCGAGCACAGUUUUAAUGUGUUCCUUCAGCAGCACAUUGACCAAGCAUUAGGGAAGGGCUUUGAUGAUAAUGUUGGAAGACAUUCUGGUCCCGUCUUCUUCUAUGUCCCACAUGCUGGCAUAUGGUUUGAAGCUGUAAACAAGGUGUACAAGUUCUUCUGUUGUGACCCCUCAGAGAAAGACACAAAAGCAAAACAGGUUUUAAAUAGUCUUCAAAAUCUGGUGGAGACCGAAGUCAGAUUCAGUGAUGCUCGAUGUGCCAAGGUUUUGCCAAUUGCCAUUUCGGCUUACAAGGAUGGUCUUCCCCCUCACUACACCCAGCUUCAUCAUCAGGAAAAGCUUGAAUUGGCUCUGAGAGUGCUAGGUGCCCAAGCAAGAGGGCCAAUGUACGACGAGUAUGUGGCCCAACUGGAGGAAGCUUGUGAGAGGAUUUGGCAGGAUGGUCGAAUGGGGUGUGAGACGUUGUCCCUUACUGGCAACACCUGUAAACAUCCAAGACACAAGACACCUUCUGAUUCAGAAGAUGACAGCUCUGUGCCUGUGAUGAGUCACAGCUCUGGCAUUGGGUAUGUCAGCUUUUGUAACUGUGGGCGGAGACAGGGCCAACGUGAAGAUCCAUUUUCUACUAAGGCAGCAAACUACACAUUUUAUGAACAGUUAGCAGAAACUUGUUGCACUCGUCUGGAUACAAUCUCUUUCCCAACAUUUAAAUCAAGUGUUAUUGAUGCAAAAGCUGCAAAUGUGAAUGGCUCAGAAAGUGAUGAUGUAGAGGCUGAUACAAUCUCCACGGUCAAACGAGAUUCCCGGGAACAGCAAGACUCAGAGACCCCUCACACCCCCGGGUUGAGUCUGGUGGGAACAGGUCUGAGUGGGAGCAUGAACAGUACUACAGGCACAGCAGCAGCUCGCAUGACAGGAGAUCCUGCACAUAUUGGCUCACAAGUGGUGAUUACCCUCACCAAAGACGACACCAAAACCAUCACCAAAGACCGGGGAAUAAUUCGCCAGGCCUCAACAACUGAGUACCUGCCUGGAAUGCUUCACACCAACUCACCAGCAGGUUUACUUCCUCGUUGGUCUUCAUGGUCACUCUGCUGCUUGGGACCCUCCUCUCUUUACUCACACAAUGCAGGUAUAUGUGAUCAGCCAGGAUUUUUGCCAGGCACAAAUUUCUUAUUACCUUGGGAUGUGACAGUAAAGAUUGAAGACCGAAACAAAUGGCCUGCCAUAGCAGACACUCUUGGCAAGAAAGCCCUUUUGCUCAAAAAUAAGAAGAACAGAGUAGGUGAUAUACAUGAGUUCAGUGUGAAGAUCUUCCUUGGUGUUGAAUAUGAGUGUGUCAGAGGACACCGAUUCAUGAUGGCUACCCCAGACCGACAUUUGAAGGCUUCCCCAUCAGGGCUUGUAAAAGACAAUGCCACCAAGAUUGCAAAUGCUGAUAUGCCACUCUACUUCCCAUGUCCCUGCAGCCGCUCUGGAGGCAUUGUGAAUGGACAGUUAAUGAGGCUUCAUGUAGUAACUCCCAAAGCACCAGUCAACGUCACACUAAACCCUCAAGUGCAGCCGGGGCCAGAUCCUUGCCCAAGAUAUAUUCCCCAGCCUUGCAACUCCCUCCCAGUCAAACUCUCUGCCUCAGCUUACUGGGUUUUGCGAUUGCCUUAUGUGUAUGUUGGUGAGCAAGGUCCUCACUAUCCUCCUGACCCUCGACAACCAACUCCUCCAUCUUUUGCAAGACUACUAAAAGGCUGUUACGGAAUUUCUCAAUUACCAUCAUUUAACAGUACCUCGUAAUAGAAACAGACCUGUAGCAAGGAAGAGGAAGAGGAGGAGAAAAUGGCAGACUCAAAGAAAGAUGACUUCUGGUUCCAUAAUACUCACAAUCAAUUUUCCUCGAGUAUUUUUAUAUUUUAGGGGAAGGCGGGAGAAAAACACACUUGUGAGAAAAAGUAAAGAAUAUAUUUCUACUGACUAAAACAUGAGCAGUUGAGUACUGUACUGUCAUUAGGACCAAAGAUACAGCCAUGUUGUUGGACUGAGAGCUUGGACCUGCCAGAGAUAUGAUUAAUGGCGGGAAUGUGUGCCCACGAUGCCCACAGUGACAUAGAAGGUAGACGGUUCAGAUUAUUCUAACUUGUUAACAAUCCUUAUAUAUUAUAUUUGUUCUUAUUUUUAUUAAAUUUUUAACAGAGGCAAUUGGUAUGGUUCUUCCAUUUACUUUAUCAUUUUCAAAACAUGGUACCAUAUUGGAUUCAGUAAUUCAGCAGUGCUAAAAUUCAUACUUUGGUAACAAACACAGCAAAUUUUUAAAUUUUGCAUUAAAAGGCCUAUUUUGUUACUACCACCAGUUUGUCAACAGAACACAGUAGAAAGACAGACUUAUGUUGGAGUUUAAAGCUUAACAUUCUAUCUUAAGGGGUAAGUUUGGACCAUCACUGCUACUAUUACACAGAGGGAUUUUAAAGUUUAUUUGACUAAUUGUGAUCUGAUUUAUUGUACCUGCAGUUGAAAACUCAGGGUGAAGUUAACUCAAACAAUUUAACCUACAUUGUUGUAUGUAAAUGCAGUUACUUUAGCUGUGAUCUCAAACAUAGCAGUGUAAUUAUAUUAAACACCUACAGAACUAAGCAUAUAACAGAAACACUGAAAUUAAUCCAUAAUCCUCUUUUCAUAUUCUUUUAAUAUGUAGUUAAUUGUUUGGAGUCACAGAAAAAAAUCUGAAAAUAAAAUUUCUUUUGAAGUUUCUUUCCAGCCUUUGAUAAAAAAAAAAAAAAACGGGUAUUAUUUUUUUUUUUUUCUUUCUUUUUUUCUUUUCUUUUGUUUGGCUCGCCACCCUCUUUAACUUAGUUGUAAGAGAUUACAACAUGCCACUCACUACCUUUUAUGACAGUUUCUGUUUAGAAGAAGAAAAAAAAUCUACCGACCACUUGUAGAAGCAAAUUUAUAAUAAAAUUGUCUUUAUUAUUUAAAACUGGGAGCUCUGACUCACUAUCUUUUUUGGAUAAAAAAAAAAAAAAAAAAAAACUUUGUUAAAAGGAAAAUAAAGUUCCAACAAUUUUUUUCUAAAGCUUGAAGUAUUCAAAACUUUUUUCCUUAAAAGAAAAGAAAAUAAUGUAGUAAGAAGGGCCAUUUUGAUGGACUGUAAUUUAGUUCACUCACUCACUCACUCACUCACUCACUCACUCACUCACUCACUCACACUCAC